AACACCCACAUCAUGCAUAGACAGACUGCGAUGGGGUCUCCCUCAAGUCCGGAGAAGAGCCCAGAGAGGAUGGAUCCGUCUUCUGCGAUGGCCUCGGAAGGCUUGUCCCUGGAUGCGCUCGGAUCCGAGGACUCGGUCCUGAACAACUUGGAUCCACGCUUCUUUACGCAGCACUUCGACCCUGUCCAGCACAUGCUGGAGUCGCUUCCCACCAACCCGUUUGCCCUCAUCGACCAUUUGCAAUCUGAAAUUGGCGCGAUGGACAUUGCCAAGGAUGUGGUCACGUCCAAACUGGCUGAAGAAAUCCAGCGCAACUACCACACGUUCAUCCAAGGGAUGAACCACGUGCAGGAAGUGGACUUGGACUUGGCGCAGGCGUUGAUCCAGGUCAAGAAUGGGCGGCGGCUGCUGGCCAUUCACAAGAAGGACUUGGUCAUGAGUCACUUGGAACUUGUCAAACUCCGACGCAAUCGCGACCGCGUGCACACGAUUGUCGACCACGCCUCAAGCAUCCUCGACUGCUUCAAGCACGAACAAGACAUGGUCGCUGCGGUCCACGACAAGGCGUUCGAGCGCGCCGUGCGCGUCUGCGCGGCCCUGCGACACAGGGCGACCCACCUCCACCAGUUCUCCGUCCUGAAACAGUGUAUCCAGCGCAUGCACCUAGCGCUGCCAGAGCUCCGCCAGCAUUUUCACAGCGCACUUGGAGACCUGCUCGUGUCUUUCGAUGGCCACGUGUACGACGAACUGCUCCGUGCGCUGGCUGCGCUGGACGCCCAUCUGUCCUCCUCCUCACCUUCCAAGGGCACGCCGCCUACUGGACGUUCGCCGAUGCGGGCAGUCGUCGGCACCGAUGACGUGGUCCGCGUGGUGGUGGCGGCGAUGGACGAGCUGACGCGCGGCGCCGUGGCCAACCUGUUGGACACGACGUCCACUGGGGCUUCCAUUGCGAUGGUUGUGGACGCCGUGUUGAACGUGUACGAAUUGCUGGCGUCGUUGCUGCACAACUUGGACUUGUUUGAGCAAUGGCAUGAGAAACGUGGUGAAAGGGAUGACGCGGCAGCUGCCGACGCAUUCCGCCAGGUCCGGCCGCUUAUGUGGGAGUCGCUGCAACGUCGGAUGGGCGAUGCAUGGACCCGACUCACGUGGCCAAAUGACACCAAGGUGGAGCAUGUGGUGGGGCUGACACACGCGACGGAAACGCUGGUGGCGAUGGGCAUGGACUUUGCUAAGACCAGCAGCACCGACAUGAUACAAGGCAACACGUUGCAGAGCGCGUUCGUAGGGACGGUGCUGGUGUUUCUGACAGAGUUGCUGCACGACAAUAUGGAGCUGAUGCGCAUGAUGAUGGACACGGAGAAGUGGGAGCGCUUGUCCGUCGACACUGCAAACAACAUAUGGAGGCUGUUGGAGUCCCGCAGUGGGUUUACAUUGACCCAGCCCAUUCCGCCAUGCCCAUCAUCAUCAUCGCCCCGUACACCAACGGCGUGGUGGAAUCCAUUUCAAGGCGGCGCCGCCCGUUCGCGCUACAUUAACGUGCCGUCGAUGGAAAAGUUCGUAGCAACUUGCGGACCAACGUGUGAAGCCGACGACCAAGCACCCACGCACCAGAUGAACGUGAAUGCAACGCCCGACGAACAAGAGCUGUUUGGAUCUACGCACGUUGUCACAUGGUCCACGUACUCUGGAUUUCUACGAUAUGCGACAGCGUGUGUGGCCAGUACGUCAAGUGGGUGCACGAGAUGGCGUGGGUGCGCACCCAUCUGUAUGCACACCUCUUGGCCGUGUUCGAGUUCAACUUGUACACAAUCUUCCGACGAUGCUGCCCCGAUGCCAGCAUCAGCCGCCUCUUGGCGCGCCAGACGCCCACAGACCUGGCAUGCCACCACCUCCGCGACUGGGUCCUCGUCCAGAACCAGCAGAACCACCCGCCGCAUCAUCUGCCUCCCGACGGUCCAUCAGACGACGACACCCUUGUGCGCCGCAUCGUGGCCGUCGAAUCCGUUGCGUUUCAAUGGCACGUGCUGUCGACGAUCAUCGCUGCUCACGACCAACAGCGUCACGACGUGUUGGCGCUGGUCGUGCACGAAGCGCGGGCGUACGUGUACGCGGGUCUCGUGCCCCAAGCCAUUCAUGCGGCGGGCAUCCCGCGCCUGAUUGAGCAUGCGACGUGGGACGUCGUCGGUACCCGGCACAACGAGUACGUGGUCACCCUCGUACGCCACUGCGGUCUCUUCUGGGGAACUCUGCAAGGCAGCGCGGUGCCCGUGGCCGUGCGAGAUGAAUUGUGGGCGGUGGUCGUGCGCGCCGUGAUGGAAGCGCUGGUCGACGGGUACGCGAACGUCAAGAAAUGCUCGGCGGAGGGCCGCGCGCUCAUGUCCAUGGACCUCAUGGCGUUACAAAAUGGGUUGGACCUGAUCAACCAUACUGUCAGGUACUACUCGACUAGUACUACUAGUAUUACUAGUACUACUUCAUGAUGAUGGCUAGUAAUAACCAGUCGAGUGAGCACCGAUGGGGACGCGCGUACGUGCACAAUUACAUCAAAGCGUAUUACUUUCAAGAACCCGAGCUGCUCGCGUUCAUCGACGCCAACAAAGGACGGUAUCGCAAGGCGCAUUUGGUCCGAUUGGCCACGGACGGAGUGUGCGGCAACCUCCGGAAACCUGCGCAGAAGGACCUCCUGCACAAGAUUGAACAGCUGUACAGAGACGCCAAGAUCGAGUCCAUUGCGUCCAUCAACCAAGGCAAUUGUAGUCCUAGUACCUCCACUAGAAGUACUAGUACUACUACUACUAGUAGCCCUACCACAAUGUCAACCUAACACAUGUACCAAGUUCAGUCGGUUCUCGUGUCAUCCGCAAACCACGGGAUCCAAAGAAAGUCAAAAUCUUCAGUUUAAUUUACAGCAUAACGAUGCC